CUUCUUUUGGCUUUUGCACGUCGAGCAGGAUGCGCGAGAAAAAGAGGUUGGGUCUUUCGAGGACCUUUAUGUGCUGCUCUAAUGUUGUGUUUCUGAUGUCGGGUUUCGUGCUGAUGUCAUUAGGGGCACUUCUCCUAGCAGACAGCGAUCGAGUACUCCUGUCACGAUUAUUGGGCUCGAGUGACAACCAUCCCGAGCAGCCGUUGUUCUAUUACGUGGCCCUCGUCGUCGUUGCGAUUGGCUUUCUCAUCUCGGUCACAGGCAUCCUCGGAUGCUGGGCUUCGUGUCUUUACAAUUGCUGUAUUACAGCUUCUUACGUAACGAUAAUAGUGCUACUGCUGAUCGGCAAAUCCGCCUUGUGCCUGGUAGUGGUGUUCUGGCCACACCUGUUGGGGGUCGACGUGCGGCCGCCACGGCUGAUGCGGGCCCUACAACGCAGCUACGCCCUUCCGGGCCGCGAACAGUUCACCGCAGCUCUCGAUCUCGCGCAAACUGCUUUCUCGUGUUGCGGCGUUAACGGGAGCAGCAAUUACGGGACCUCGUGGUGGCGACUUCAGGAGCUCGGCAGACGCGAGCUCGUCGUGCCCCUGAGCUGCUGCGCCCUCAACAAUGCGCGCGAGCAGGACGGCUUUCUGAACCCCGACCCGAGGAACGUGACGCUCUGCCAGGCGCUCAAUCCGGCUGAGCAUCAACUCGCGCGACAUAGCGUUGGCUGCCUGGAUAUGAUCGAGAAUUGGAUGCAGGAGCAAGCUUUGAUUCUCCUAGCGAUAGGCUUGAGCGUGGUAUUAAUCGAGCUUUUCGCUCUGCUGAGCACUUUGCUCGCUUGCUCGAGGCUAAGGAAACGCCAGCGCAAGCCCAAGCAAGCGCAAACGUCUACGUUUACUUCCACCCAGACGCUCAGGCCAUUUCACGAGAACGAUCACGAUUACGGGCUGAGUCGGCAGAGCAUGGAGAACCGGCUGACGAUGACAAACAGCACGUUCGCCGGCAAGUCUUGAAGGUGGCUCGAGGACAGCGAGAGAGAAGCGAGCGCGAUGCCCGCAGCGGUCGACUACAAGCUUUGGGGCAACCCGAUAGACGUUCCAAGCGACGACCUCGAGCGGUACUUUGCCAAGGCUCCCGAACGCACGAUGCUGAUCAAACCGUUACCGAAGCUCUCGGCGAGCAAGUCGCGAAAGAGCAUGAGCAUCGCGACGAUCAAGUCGAAUCAGGCGAGAAGGAGGCGGAGACGGCGAAGAAAUAUGGAAGUGAACGUCGACCUGGACUGCAGUCUAGAGGGGAACUACCAUUUCAUCGAGAACUCGUCGGUGACAAGAGCUCAGCCUGCCAGCGAGGAGAGGAAGAGUGACACAUUGAAGGCCGUCGAAAGAUCCGGCCUGGUCAACACGAAAAUCAGCGUCUACGAGAAGAACCUCAUCGGUAACGCGGCGAAAGACGAGGGCAAGAGGAAAAUAGUCCUCGGAGUGCCGCUGGUGGGGAUGCAAAGUGGAGCGCCACCGACGUUUCCCAGUCAAGUCAGGACGAAAUCCGAACAGCCGAGAGAGAAGACGCCGACGAAAAGACGAGCUCCGUCCGUGCCGUCGGUGAAGGAGACUCGAAGCGUUCAGAACUCCGGACGAUCGCACGAUUUCGCCGUUACCUAUCCCACCAAGCUCACUAAGAACACGUACUCGACCUCUAGGAGCACUCAGACCAAGUCGACGUCGAGACGUUCGCAUCGAAGUAAAGUUGCCUCGGCGACGAUUAAUUUGCACAGUUCUCGUAGCAAGCGGAAAACUCUUUACGCCAAGGACGCCGAAGGCGACGAGGCUAUCAGAGUGUUGUCGAAUCUCUGCUUGAAUCCUUUGGCUCGAAGUAACAAGAGGGCUUCUUUUAUGAUCUGGUGACGCUUCGAACGCCAUUUAUUAAAAAUCUCGCUGUCCUUUGUUUUGAAUAUGUUUUUUAGGAAUUUUUUCGUGAUAAAUGACUGAGAACGGAUAAUACUGUACAAGUUUUAUGAGUAAUUUUACGUUUUCUUAUCGGGUUUAGAUUCGGAAGUACAAUAAUUUAUAUCCAAUGAUUUUUUAAGAAUAUUUUGUACAAUUACAUAGUUUUUUUAGAUACUUUUAUAGAGUAAUUACU